AUGCAGAGGCGAUCCUCGUCUGCUGCUACAGCUAGACCAUGCCUCAUGUUACAUUCCACAUCUGUUUGCUUACGCCAGCGGACACCAAUUCACUGCCAACACGCCCCACCUCGCCUUUUCUCUGAUGGUGAUGGGGGCCGCCAGCCCUCCGACUAUAAGGAACUGCACCCACACAGGCAGCUGGCGACGCCCAUUCAAAACAACCUAGAUCUGGACAUCCGCUACCAGAUCGAGGCGGGAAACGAAGACGGAGCCUUCUCCAUAGACAGCGACACAGGAAGUGUCACUGUGGCGGGGCAGCUCGAUUUCGAGAGUCGCAAAAUGUACGAGCUGCGUCUAGCGGCGAUCCGCGGACAAGGGCCUUCAGCGGUGGGUCGGGCAGAGCUUCUGGUGACGGUGCUGAACGUCAACGACGAGCCGCCAGUGUUCCAGCAGGCCGUGUACCGCGCAGAGCUGCAGGAGGAGGAGGAGCCCGCACACCUGCCUAGGACCAUCCUCACGGUCAAAGCUGUGGACGGCGACACAGGGCGGCCGCAAGAUGUGGUGUACUCCAUCUCAGGCCCCGGUGUCGUCGUUGCAGGGACCGACGAGGGGUUCUUCAGUGUGGAUGCGAACACUGGGGACGUGUUCGUGCACAAGUGUGCGACCAGCUGCUGUGCUUCUUCUGCAAGUGUUGUGGUGCUGCUGCAGCCGCUGGACCGCGACCCCCCGCACGGCCGUCCCCUGUGGCGGUUCACGGCGUUCGCGCAAGACGAGGGCGGCGCCGGAUUGGUGGGCUACGCAGACGUGCAGGUGUCACUCGCCGACGUCAACGACAACGCACCCGCCUUCCCGCAUCAGCUCUACCACGGACAGGUCAUCGAAAACGCUCCGGCAGGGACUUUCAUCCUGAAUGUGACGGCAGAGGACAAUGACGACCCAGAUGAGGGGAGCAACGCCAGACUUAGAUACUACAUCGACAAGAAUGCCGUGGAUGAGACUACGGGUUCUGCCAUAUUUAAAAUCGACGCAGACACGGGGGAAAUAUCGACAGCUAUCUGCUGCUUGGAUCGUGAACGGACUCCCGCUUACUCCAUCCAGGUAGUCGCCACAGACGGUGGUGGACUCGAAGGGACAGCUACCGUAUCUAUUACUGUAAAGGACGUCAACGAUACACCGCCAGAGUUUUCGAAAGAUGAGUGGUUCGUGGAAGUGGAUGAAUCUGACGGCGGUAGUGUGCUGGAGAAGCCGAUUCUUACAGUGACAGUAGGUGAUCAGGAUGAGUUUAGCACGUUGCAGUACGAGGUGGUUCGAAACAGCGGCUAUGGAUCAGACAAAUUUUCUCUCGAGAGGAAUAGUGACGGAACUGCAUCAUUGAAAGCAAUUAAGCCGUUGGAUUAUGAAGACGUCCACGGGAACGUAUUGAGAUUCAAGAUUCAAGUUACUGAUAAGAAUGAGAAUGAUACUACACAGCAACACCAUACGACUUACUCGUGGGUUUCUGUUAAACUCAGGGACAUCAACGACAACUUCCCAGUAUUUCAACAGCGCAAUAUUGAGGUUGCAAUAUCAGAAGACGCUACAGUGGGAAAAGUAAUUGCAGCGUUUGAAGCGAAAGAUGCAGACCAGGACAGAAAAAGUGGUGUGACACCAGAAAUUGUUGCUACUGCUGCUGCUGUUGGUUCUGAUGAAGUGGCUGCUAAAGCUGGUUGUAAUGUUUGUUGGGCUUCUGCUGUUGUUUCUGCAGUUACUGGACUAAUUGGUAGUCCAGAAGUUAUUGCUGCUGCUGCUGCUGCUGCUGGUGGUGGUGGUGGUGGUGGUGGUGGUGGUGGUUCUGAUGAUGUGAUUACUGAAGCUGGUUGUGGUGUGAACAUUCUAGCAAUUGAUGAUGGAGUUCCUCCCAAGACAUCAACAGCAACACUAACAGUGAUUGUUAAAGAUGUUAAUGACAAUGCUCCACAUCUCUUAGAGAACUAUGAAGCUGUAUUAACUGAAAAUACUUCCCCUAAAGAGAUAAUAGAAAUACUGGGAGCUGACAGUGAUGAUUAUUCUAGAAAUAAUGGGCCUCCUUUCACAUUCAAGAUGGAUCCAAUUGCAAAUGAACAAAUUAGAUCAUCAUUUUCGGUUCAUUUUGAUCAAAAUGGCUCAAAUGGUCAUGGUUCAGCAGUUAUAUCAUCGCUGAGAUCAUUUGAUCGAGAGCAACAGAAAGAAUAUCUGGUGCCUGUAUUGGUGAUAGAUUCCGGUUAUCCUCCACUCACAGGAACUUCUACAGUAAAAAUUAUUAUUGGUGAUAUUAAUGAUAACAAGAUGAAAUUUGGGAGGAAAAAUAUAUUAGUUUACAAAUACAAGGAUCAAACUCCAGAAACAGAUAUUGGAAGGAUAUACGUUGAAGAUCCAGAUGACUGGGAUCUACCUGACAAGAAAUUCUUCUGGAAUACACAUGAACAUCAUAGAUUCAGAAUCAAUGAAGCCUCUGGAAUGAUUACAAUGAAGCGCAACACACCAGAUGGAAUAUACAAUUUGGUAUUCAGAGUGCAAGACCACAAACAUAAACAAAACAAUGUGUCAGCUAUUGUUACUGUCACUGUAAAGCAUAUUUCCCAUGAUGCUAUUCUUAACUCUGGCUCAUUGAGAAUUUCUAAUUUGUCUGAUGAAGACUUCAUCAAAGAAUGGAACUAUAUGGUAAUUUUUAUGGAGGAAAGUAAGGCAGAACAACUUAAGACUGUUUUGUCAGAAGUUCUCAACACUCAGCGGGAAAGCGUGGAUAUUUUCAGUGUUAAUGGACACAGAUCAUUUCCACCUGUUCUGGACAUUUUCUUUACUGUAAGAGAUAAGAGAUAUCACAGCAGCGAAAAAAUAAAUGGGCUCCUACAAGUAUAUAAAACAAAGAUAGAAAGGAAAACCAAACUUGAUCUGAUUAUGGCUGGAAUACACUACUGUUUUAUCGACAAAAUUAAUUGUCAGGAUCUGUGCAUUGACAGCUACAGAAUAGGCAGCCAUCCAGUCUUAGUUGAUGCCAAUACAACAUCGCUAGCAGGAAUUUCAGUAGUUAUUACAGCAAAAUGUAAUUCAGCCACACAAAAUUUUGCUGGAGCUAACACAUGUAAUGAAAAACAUUGUUACAAUGGUGGCUACUGCAUAAAGGAAAAAAGCAGUGUAAGCUGUGCCUGUCCAAGUGGGUAUGAAGGACCCCGCUGCCAACAAACUGUGAGAAGCUUUCAAGGAAGUGGCUGGGCUUGGUUCCAAUCAAUCCAGCCACAGGCUGAAAACCAUAUAAGUGUAGAAUUUCUAACCUAUAAAGAAGACGGAUUGCUGUUCUACAAUGGUCCAUUAUCUCCCGUCAUAAUUGAUGGGGUUACUAUAUCAGAUUAUAUUGGAUUGGAAUUAAAGAGUGGUGAGCCUAGACUACUUUUUCAUUUAGGUCAUGAUACCACUGAGAUAUUUAUAAAAGUAAAGAAGAAGCUGAAUGAUGGAAUGUGGCAUCAGAUUGAUUUAUUUUGGGGUUCUGAGAAUGUUCAUCUCAUACUAGAUUACUGCAAAUCAGCUGAUGUCGUGGAACUGCAAGACAUGAAAACAUCAUUGUUUAAUGGAACAAGUUGUCUUGUAAAGGCCAAAGUUUCUAAGUUCAGUGAGCGUUUGAAUUUAAACAGUCCUCUACAGAUUGGUGGCAUUUACUGGGAAGAAAUACCACCAGAAAUCUAUAAAUGGAAUGCAAGUCCAAAUGCAAUAGGUUUUGAAGGAUGUAUACGGAAUUUCUAUUCUAAUGGACAGAUUUUGGACUUGGCUGAUACAUUGUUGUCAGCUGGCACAGUAGCUGACUGCCUUCAAACAAAACUUGCAUGCAGCACAGUAAACUGCUCUGGGCAUGGAGUCUGUCAAGCUGACUUUACAGAGAGAGCACCAUGGUGUUUGUGUGAUGCUGGCUGGAGUGGGCCCUCAUGUUCUUCACCUACACAACCAGUCACAUUUCUACCUCAUAGUUACAUUAAGUUUGCACUAUCUUUUGAAAUUGGUCAUUUCACAACACUUAUGCAGUUAAGGUUCAGGACUGAGGAGAAAGACGGUGAGCUGUUUCGUCUUGCUGACCAGCAGUCACUUGAAUAUGCAGUGCUUGAGAUAAAUAAUGGAAACCUAUACUUUCGUUAUAACUUAAACAGAAUGAAUAUUGAAGAGAAGAACAUCUGCUUAUGUUACAUUUCUGUUGAUGAUGGAUACUGGCACACAGCAAAGGUUUCUCGAUAUGGCUCUUUAUCAAUAUUGGAACUAGAUGAUGGUGAAUUCUUGAGAAGAAAUCAGACAUCACUGUUUGAAGGUCACCAGUGGUUGGUAAUUGACAAACAAGAAGGUGCUCAUGCUGGUGGGAAGGCAGAGCAUACUGGCAUAAAUACAUUAGAAAUAUAUGCUGAUUACAGAAAUGGUUGCUUGGAUGACAUACGAUUAGAUGGAAGACCUCUUCCACUGCCUCCAGUAGCCAAUGUUACCCAAUGGGGACAGGCAACAGUGGCACUCAACUUGGACUUUGGCUGUAGCUUUCCUUCAGACUGCAACUCCAUAAUCUGUACAGAACCAGUGAAAUGUAAUGACAAAUUGAGACAACAUAAAUGUAUGUGCAAUGAUGUUCAUGUUUUGGCUACAAAAAGUAAGAACUGCAUUGGAAAUAACUGUUUAAGUACACCUUGUACUAAUGCUGGAAAUUGUCUGCAACACCAUUCAGAGUUUCACUAUGACUGCUUAUGCACUGAUGGAGUAACUGACAUAAACUGCAAAUUUAAUGGAGGCAAAAAGACUGGCAAUCUUAAUACUUGGGCUUUAAUGGCCUUAUCAUCUGUAGUCAUCUUUAUAAUUGUUCUGGCUGUCCUGUUUCUUCUGUGUAAAUACUACUACAGAAGUCAUAGAAGGUCUCAAAUAAAAAUGGAUGCUCAAACAAGUACAAGUCAAUAUGCUGAUAAUAGAGAAAAUGAGGAGCACGGCGUCUCUUUUAAUAUGGAACAACUGAUGUCUCAUCCUCAUGAAAAUGAAGUUACAGUUUCACUGGAACUACAAACACUUGAUGAAAAGGAGCAAGCUGGUUCAGAUGAGACCAUACGGCAUUGAGAAUGAAAGAAGAAAGAACAGAGGAAGAGAGAAAUAAUUAUCAUCAGCAAGUACUUUCAUGACCCAAUAUAUGUCACAACCAAUAUUCAAUCACACUGCUUCAGAAUUAUGUUUCAACAGUGAAACAAAGUAUCUUGUAUCAGCAGUAUUAUGAAUCCUCCAUGUCAACUGUAUCAGCAAGAUGCCUCCAUCAAAGCUUUACAUGUAGAGAUACAAAUAUUUUUACACAAAUGAAGUACGAAGUUUGUAUACGUCUUUUCUGUACUAUAUGGACCUCCAAUGAAUAACUUAUUUUUAUAGCAAUGUGCCUGCUACACACUGCAGCUGUUAAGCUAGUGUAGUUGGAUGACCAAUAUAUGACUGAAAAACAGUACAAAAAUUUAAAUCCAUAAUUUCCUAUAGACUGCAGUGUGAUGUAAAAUAUCU